UACACUCACCGGCGGUGCACCCUAUCACACUCCUCCGUGCUUCUUUAGAUCUCACUUAUUUUUCUCUAUUUUUUCUCUAUUUUUUUUUUCUAUUUUUUUUUCUCCGGUGAUCGACGAUGAUGGGCUCUGAGUCUUAUCUAGGGUUUGAACCCUCGCCGGCGACGAGGGAGGAGAUGGAAACCCUAGCCUUAGGCGAUGGUGAAGACGACCCCUUCCAUAGCUCCAUGUCCUCUCUCUCCGCCGUACCCGCCACUGCCGAUCCUCUCCUCUCCCCUCCCGACAUGGCCCCUUCUUCAUCAUUCCUGGAUCCUCCGGCCUAUGCUGAUGUUGCCUUCAGCUCCCCCAAUGGCUCUGGGUCAUCAUCCGGUUCGCCGCCGCUGUCUCGCAAUCCAUCGGCGCUGCUGAAUCAUCGAUUGCCGAUCGAGUACGCGAAGAUCAUGGUGUCCAAUCCACAGAAGGAGCACGAACACGCUGCUGGUAACUCUCUUGUUCCUGGCUCCGGGACCUUCGUCACCUACCUCAUCACGUCCAGGUCUCUCGAUGCUGGAUCAGGAUCCGGUGAGAUUAGCGUUCGUCGCCGGUUCCGUGAUGUGGUGACUCUUGCUGACAGGCUUGCGGAGUCUUACCGAGGGUUUUUCAUACCGCCCCGGCCGGAUAAGAGUGUGGUCGAGAGCCAGGUUAUGCAUAAGCAGGAGUUCGUGGAGCAGCGUCGAUCGGCUCUUGAGAAGUACUUGUGGAGGCUCGCUUGCCAUCCGGUUAUUGGGCGGAGUGAUGAGCUGAGAGUGUUUCUGAGAGUGCAGGGGAAGAUGCCGCUGCCAGCGAGCACUGAUGUUGCGUCGCGGAUGCUGGACGGGGCGGUGAGGUUGCCAAAGCAGCUGUUUGGGGAGCCGGGUGGUGGGUAUGUGGCACCGCAGGAGGUGGUGCAGCCAGCGAAAGGUGGGAGGGACCUGCUGAGGAUAUUUAAGGAGUUGAAACAGUCUGUGACGAAUGACUGGGGUGGGGUGAAGCCUCCGGUGGUGGAGGAGGACAAGGAAUUCUUGGAAAGGAAGGAGAAGGUGCAGGAUCUUGAGCAGCAGCUUACUACUGCAUCCCAACAGGCUGAAUCACUUGUAAAGGCUCAGCAAGACAUCGGAGAAACUUUAGGAGAGCUGGGGCUGGCUUUAAUCAAACUUACAAAAUUUGAGAAUGAAGAAGCAAUGUAUAAUACCCAGAGAAUUCGGGCUGCUGAUAUCAAACAAGUGGCAACUGCUGCUGUUAAAGCAAGUAGGCUUUAUCGAGAAUUGAAUGCACAGUCUGUCAAGCAUCUGGAUACUCUCCAUGAAUAUCUAGGGCUGAUGCUUGCAGUUCACAGUGCAUUCUCAGAUCGUUCAAGUGCACUGUUGACUGUGCAAACACUCAUGUCAGAUCUGUCUUCCCUGCACAUAAAGGCAGAAAAACAUGAAGCUGCAUCUUCAAGGAUUUUUGGAGGGGACAGGUCAAGAAACCGCAAAGCAGAGGAACUGAAAGAGAUGAUAAGGGCCACUGAAGAUGCUAAAAAUUGUGCAUCAAGAGAGUAUGAGAGGAUUAAGGAAAACAACAGGAGUGAACUUGAAAGAGUGGAUAAAGAGAGGCGUGCUGAUUUUCUUGCUAUGCUGAAAGGUUUUGUAGUAAAUCAGGUAGAAUAUGCAGAGAAGAUCUCGAAUGUGUGGUCCAAGGUAGCAGAUGAAACAAGCCGAUACGUUAGGGAUAACAUCUAGGCAGCAAAUGUAGAUUUGAGUUUCCUAGUCUUUUUCUUCUCUUGCACAUGCACAAUGUACAUUUAACUUGUAGGAAUAUCACUGACAUUUGCAAAAAUAAACAUGAGAUUUUGGUGUUGCUUCAUCAAUUUAUGUAAUACGUAAUACACUCAUGACCGGUCUCUUGUUUUAAUGUGACACACUGUGUUAUUAUUACACUAUCAGAAAUAGAGCUUCAAAACAAAUUUAUCA